CCGGGACAUUGCAUUUGUUUGCCGCUGCCAGUGCUUACGUCUUCGGAGAUUCCAAGGAAAUAAAAUCGCAUUCACAUCACUACAAGCAUUUCUUCGUUACUCCACCUCCACUUUAUUCAACGUCGUUGCUAGUUUUUCUUCUUCUUCUUCUUCAACCGCAGCCAUUGGGAGAUUCUCCAGAGUGUUCAUGGCUGCUGUUACCAGAUCCGCUGCCGUAGCCUUCAACUCCGCAGGAAUUCCAGCCAAAUCGUCACUUCACGCCGGACAAACUGUUCGGAACAUCGUUCACUUCCGGCAAUGCCCUCCUAUUGGAAAGAACAAUCGAUCGUUGCAGUUGCAAUCAUGCCUUGGCCUCCACUACAGAUCGAAUAGUUCCUCUGCUUCUUCUGGAGUAAAAGCUCAGGUUGCAGCUGCUGAACAAGCCAGUGUUCAAGUAUCUCAAAAUCUGGAAGCUCCUGUGGUUGUUGUCACUGGUGCUUCUAGAGGAAUUGGCAAAGCUAUUGCUUUGGCCUUGGGUAGAGCUGGUUGUAAGGUCCUGGUGAAUUAUGCAAGGUCAUCUAAAGAUGCUGAGGAAGUUUCCAAGGAGAUUGAGGCAUCUGGUGGUCAAGCUCUUACUUUUGGGGCAGAUGUUUCGAAAGAAGAAGAAGCGGAAUCAAUGAUAAAAACUGUAGUAGAUACAUGGGGAACGGUCGAUAUAUUGAUAAACAAUGCAGGAAUUACUCGUGAUGGUUUGCUUAUGAGAAUGAAGAAACCUCAGUGGCAGGAGGUUAUAGAUUUGAAUCUUACAGGUGUAUUUCUCUGUACCCAGGCAGCUUCUAAAGUUAUGAUGAAAAAGAAAAAGGGAAGAGUAAUUAAUAUAGCAUCUGUUGUUGGUCUAGUUGGCAAUAUUGGACAAGCUAAUUAUAGUGCUGCUAAAGCAGGGGUUAUUGGUCUCACAAAGAGCGUAGCAAAGGAAUAUGCAAGCAGAAAUAUCAAUGUGAAUGCUGUUGCUCCUGGUUUCAUUGCAUCUGAUAUGACUGCCAAGCUUGGACAAGACAUUGAGAAGAAGAUUUUGGAGACCAUCCCUUUGGGGAGGUACGGGCAACCAGAAGAAGUUGCUGGACUGGUGGAAUUUUUAGCCUUGAGCCCUGCAGCCAGUUACAUUACUGGACAGGUAUUCACAAUUGAUGGAGGCAUGGUAAUGUAGAAGGAUUGGCGAUCCUCUUGCCUGGUAAGAUUCCCAAAGGCCUUUGGGAUAAUUCACUAUGGUUAAAUGGACACCCCAUGUUCAUAUGAGGAAUAACAGUGUGAGAAUGAUUAACGGUAAUGGGCAUAUUUAAGCAUUUUUUUGGUAGGUUUUGGGAUAGGCAUCAUAUUGAAAACCAAGCGAGGAUGCAAUUUUCUGUUAAACAGUUUUGUAUGCCCUUAGCUCCAAUAAGUUUUGAUGUACUUUUGAUAU